AUGGGGCGCUUCGUUCAGUUCCUUUGGUCCUCCUUGGCCUGCGGAGUGGCAUGCGUUGCUUCCGAAGACUGCGCAGGCGCGGAUUGCUCCGACGCUUCCGCGGUACUGCAGCACAAGACUAAGGCCAAGGGCCGAAGCACUCACUCUCACAGUGGGCGCGAGUGUUCCAAGCCUUAUCCCUUCAUCUGGGACAAUGACGCGAACUACGACGACACCUUGGCGCUCUUGUACCUUGCGCACAGUGAGAACCUCGAUUGGAAGGCGAUCACGAUCGAGUCGGAUGGGAUGGGAACCCCACAUGGAGGGCCCACGAACAUUGCAGCCGCGGCAAGCCUGGUUGGCUUGGGUGAUGUUCCCAUUGCCAUGGGGGGCCUCUCGAGCUUGAGUCCGAUUGCCACCAUGCCUUUGCAGUGGCGUCUUGAGACCGAUGAGUUCUUUGAGCGGAUGUUUAGAGGCGGGAUCUUGGAUGAGACCGACAGGGCAAUCGUGGACUUGACUGCGGCACAGCUGAUCGUGAAGAUCUUGACGGAGUCCGCCUGCCCCGUGGUCAUUCUAACCACAGGCCCAGCAACCAAUGUGGCAGAAGCACUGGACAUGGAUCCGUCGAUUGCAGGGAACAUCCACGGGAUCUACAUGAUGGGUUCUGCCUACGGCGUUCCAGGCACCAACAAUGUCUACGAUUGGCAAAUGACAUACAACGGUGUGAAGGGCUCCUGCACCGAAGACGGGGGCCAGACCUACACGGGCCUGUCGCCUCCGCUUAACAGGAGCGGAGUGGUAAGCGCGAUUCGUCCAGAAUGCCGAGGAGUUGACAUGACUGCACACGGCGACACAGAGUGGAACGUCUUCAUGGACGUACGUGCAUGGCACAUGGUCUACGGCUUUCUGAAAGACUUGCCUGCGGAUCACGUCUAUGUCUUGGCUGCAAAUGCUACGCUGAACAUGCCGGUGACACUCGAAGAAAUGGAGGAGUAUGCAGCUAGGCGGUGCAAAUAUUUCUUUCAUGGCCAGGCAGCAACGCUGGCGGAUCCAGGCCUCAGGAUCUUUGUCACCGAGCUGGCCAAGGCCUUCCUCGCAGCCGGAGAAGCCAAGUGGUGGGAUGCUCAGUGUGCGGUGGUGAUGGACCAAGUCUUGUCAGGGCUGAAGCAAGGUGUGUGCUCCAACUGGUUCGAGGACAAGUUGACCAGUGUAUCCCUCGUAUGGAGAUCCAAUCUUACUGAUGGUGAGCUGAACCCUUAUGGUAGCGUCUAUGACGAUCAGGACGCGCACGCUCCCCCGAUCGACUACUGCUUAGAUGGUGACCCAUACGUGGCAUCUGCUUGGUGCAAUGGCUACACUAUUGUCGUCGUGGCAGGUGCAGCGUCAGGUGUGAGGAUGGGGCGCUUCGUUCAGUUCCUUUGGUCCUCCUUGGCCUGCGGAGUGGCAUGCGUUGCUUCCGAAGACUGCGCAGGCGCGGAUUGCUCCGACGCUUCCGCGGUACUGCAGCACAAGACUAAGGCCAAGGGCCGAAGCACUCACUCUCACAGUGGGCGCGAGUGUUCCAAGCCUUAUCCCUUCAUCUGGGACAAUGACGCGAACUACGACGACACCUUGGCGCUCUUGUACCUUGCGCACAGUGAGAACCUCGAUUGGAAGGCGAUCACGAUCGAGUCGGAUGGGAUGGGAACCCCACAUGGAGGGCCCACGAACAUUGCAGCCGCGGCAAGCCUGGUUGGCUUGGGUGAUGUUCCCAUUGCCAUGGGGGGCCUCUCGAGCUUGAGUCCGAUUGCCACCAUGCCUUUGCAGUGGCGUCUUGAGACCGAUGAGUUCUUUGAGCGGAUGUUUAGAGGCGGGAUCUUGGAUGAGACCGACAGGGCAAUCGUGGACUUGACUGCGGCACAGCUGAUCGUGAAGAUCUUGACGGAGUCCGCCUGCCCCGUGGUCAUUCUAACCACAGGCCCAGCAACCAAUGUGGCAGAAGCGCUGGACAUGGAUCCGUCGAUUGCAGGGAACAUCCACGGGAUCUACAUGAUGGGUUCUGCCUACGGCGUUCCAGGCACCAACAAUGUCUACGAUUGGCAAAUGACAUACAACGGUGUGAAGGGCUCCUGCACCGAAGACGGGGGCCAGACCUACACCGGCCUGUCGCCUCCACUUAACAGGAGCGGAGUGGUAAGCGCGAUUCGUCCAGAAUGCCGAGGAGUUGACAUGACUGCACACGGCGACACAGAGUGGAACGUCUUCAUGGACGUACGUGCAUGGCACAUGGUCUACGGCUUUCUGAAAGACUUGCCUGCGCAUCACGUCUAUGUCCUGGCUGCAAAUGCCACGCUGAACAUGCCGGUGACACUCGAAGAAAUGGAGGAGUAUGCAGCUAGGCGGUGCAAAUACUUCUUUCAUGGCCAGGCAGCAACGCUGGCGGAUCCAGGCCUCAGGAUCUUUGUCACCGAGCUGGCCAAGGCCUUCCUGGCAGCCGGAGAAGCCAAGUGGUGGGAUGCUCAGUGUGCGGUGGUGAUGGACCAAGUCUUGUCAGGGCUGAAGACGGGUGUGUGCUCCAACUGGUACGAUGACAAGUUGACCAGUGUAUCCCUCGUGUGGAGAUCCAAUCUUACUGAUGGUGAGCUGAACCCUUAUGGUAGCGUCUAUGACGACGCGGACGCGCACGCUCCCCCGAUCGACUACUGCUUAGAUGGUAACGUAACCCAGAUGUGGGAGGUCUACUGGCCCAUGGUCAACCAGACCGGCUAG